UUUAGCUUUAAAGGUGCGGAUAUUGCAGGUGGGCGGAGCUCCGCAUCCGGGGAACUGACGUUGACCUCUGACGUCACUUUGCUGGAUAGCAGACAUGGCGGAGCCCUCCCUCGGGAAUGCGAGCCCAGGAGGCUCAGCAGGUUCUGAUGACCACGAUUUUGAUCCGUCGGCGGACAUGCUUGUUCACGACUUCGAUGAUGAACGUACCCUGGAGGAGGAGGAGCUGCUGGAGGCAACAGAUGAGACCAAUUCCAACGAGAUCGAAGAUCUAGCUCGGGAGGGCGAGAUGCCCAUACAUGAGCUACUUAGUCUUUAUGGUUAUGGGGGCAGAUCUCCUGCAGAGGAAGAGGAGGAGGAAGAUGAAGAACCAGAGGAAGAGGAUGAAGAGGAUGAAGAAGAGGACCUUGAUCAUGAUGAAAGUAGCAGAAGCACUGGAGAGCUGAAAAAGAAUGAGGGUGAAGAUUUUAAGGCUUCAUCAGAGCAAGGCAGCGAUCCUCAGACCUCUUCUGAUGGCCGCACACGCUCAGUCCGAUCGCUCGGGACGGCAGAACUGAUCCGCCGCGCCAAGUACUUUGAAAGUAAUCAUGAUGUAGAGGAGGAGUCGGAGGAAGAUGAGGACUAUGUUCCCUCUGAAGACUGGAAGAAGGAGAUUAUGGUGGGUUCUAUGUAUCAGGCAGAGACUCCGGUCGGUUUGUGUAAAUACAAAGAAAACGAGAGAAUCUAUGAAAACGACGACCAGUUGUUGUGGAACCCUGAUUGUGUCCCCGAGGGAAAAGUCGUGGAGUUUUUGACGGAGGCGUCGAGGCGAACCGGAGAGGAGAAAGGAGUGGAUGCAAUACCAGAGGGAUCUCAUAUCAAAGACAAUGAACAGGCUUUGUAUGAGCUGGUGAAAUGUGACUUUGACUCAGAGGAAGCUCUAAGAAGACUGAGGUUUAACGUGAAAGCAGCUCGAGAGGAGAUAUCGGUUUGGACUGAAGAGGAAUGUAGAAACUUUGAACAAGGACUACGUGCUUAUGGGAAAGAUUUUCAUUUAAUACAGGCCAACAAGGUGAGAACUAGGUCUGUAGGAGAAUGUGUGGCCUUUUAUUACAUGUGGAAGAAGUCUGAGCGUUAUGAUUUCUUUGCACAGCAAACCAGGCUUGGAAAAAGGAAAUACAACCUUCACCCUGGAGUCACGGACUACAUGGACAGAUUACUGGAUGAGACGGAGAGCGUGACGUCCAGUAGGGCGGCGUCGCCCCCGCCCACCACCUCCAGCAGCAGCGCCAGCCACUCUGAGAGGGAGGACAGCAGCAGUCAGAACGGUGUUGUGGGUCAUCCUGUAGAUCCGUCUCAUCUGCCAGAUGCAACCCAAGUCAAGCUUGAAGGCGUUCAGUCCAACGGUCCCUCUCAUCCAGAGGCAGAACCUCCUCCUUCAGCCCCAGACAACAACUCUAACGGCUGCAGCCAAGUCAGCGCAGCGAACCACGACAGAAACGGCUCACUAGAGCUUGUGCUAGAGCACAAAACCGCACCAGCUGUGGCACAAGACAGGCCGGCCAAAAGGUGCAGGACUGAAGCAGAGGCUUUGGGCCAAAGCGAGGUGGAUCCACCCAGAACACAUGAAGACUAAACUCUUCAAGACUGGCUUUGUUCACUUAAACACGCCCUGGUUUGGUUUUUUUCCCCCCCGAUUUUCUCCAUAAAUGGCUAGCUUAGGAGCAGAGGAUUAGGAAGACGAGGAAUCUCUCAAAAAA